AUGAGAGUUUCCGAUCACACACUAAUCAAGGAAAAACAAGUUAAAAUUAUGGAAUAUUUCAUGUAUGGAUGUUGUUCUGCAGAACAGAAUUGCACAACAAAAUCAUUUACAUUGAUGGUGCACGGAAAUGGAUGUACUGGAUCACUUUUUAAACCACAUCAUGAAAUGGCAAUGAGGAAUGGAAUUUGUUUGAUUGCUCCAACGAUUCAAGGCUGGGGAUUGAGUUUAUCAUCAGAUGCAGUGACAGUUUCCGAGUUUGCAACAUUAAUGAAACAGCUCAUGAUUGAUGAAUUGAAAAUUGAAAAGUUUAAUGUCAUUGGGGUAUCCAUGGGAGGGCCUUAUGCAGGUGGUGUUGCAGCCUAUCUCAAUAAGCAUGUCCAUAAUGUCAACUUGUUUGUACCAUUUGGAAAGAGGGAUGAUGAGAAUGAGCCAUUUGGAAAUUUAACAAUGCUAAAUAGAAUUGCUUUUGAAAUGUUAAUGAGCCCACUCACUAAUGACUUGUUGGUUGAUUUAAUUUUAUUACCAUCACUCCUAGAAGACCCUACCAAAACCUUUGAGAGUAUGUAUCCUAAGGAGUUUGCAGAAGUUAAGGAUGCUCCUGAAGGUACACAAUUGAUUGAAGAAUUGAAAAGAUCCAUUCAGUGGACAAGAAUUGGGAUGAAGAGAUCAUCUGCAACUCUAUUGAAGGCUAGUUGGGGUAUCGAACUUGAUGAAAUUGCAAAAGUUUCUGGAAGAGUUACCAUCACAAUGGCAGAAUUGGAUUCAAUGAUUGCUCCCAACAAUCCCAAGCAUUACUUUAAGAAAAUCUCCCAGGCAGCAAUUAAUGCUGGUUUGGAUCAGGAUUCAAAAGUCAAAAUGGUUGUUCUGAAGGGAAGAACCCACUUUACUUCUGUCUUUCAUCUUGAAGAGGCCAUUAUUGAACUCAAUAAAAUCUAG